UGCAACUAAUGACAGCUUAUUAACUAUUAAGUCAACACCCCUCCAGACUCUCAAACCAGUGUAACGUUAUAACUAAAUAAAACUGUAACGUCACAUGAUCAACAAUAAACCUGUAAACUGUUUGCAGCCACUGUUGUUAAUUAAGGUGAUGGCAGCCAGCGGGACGUAAAUGAUUACGCUAAUCGACCACCACAGGUUUGGCAAGCAAACACUCAUUCAUCUUUUCAUAACGAACGACAGUCGGAGUUAACCUCCCGCAGGUCGUAGCUAAAACAAGAAGCAAGCUAACGUUAGAUGGCCAAUGCUGAGCAAAACAUGUUUAACUCAGGUUACUAAACUAUUUUGCAUUCAGAGCUUCUUUUGUUUGGGUGUCACUGUGGGAAGUUUUAAAGCCAAAGUUUAUGAUGAAUGGCUCAGCAGCUGCCGGUGUGUGUUGUCCUCUCUCAUGUGGGGUCGCGCAGCAGAUGUUACGUAGGCAGGUUAUAGGUAACGCAGGGAGGGGAAUAACAGCACGCUCAUCAGACGUUUCCUAAAAAUAAACAUUGUUCAAGAGUCCCACACAUCGAGUCAGAGUCAAGUCUGAAGUCUUUGUGUCUGCGACUUAAGUCAGACUCGAGUCCCCAUCUCUGGGUUCACAGUGUGAGUCCCAGAAAUAAACCAGAGAUACUUUACAUGUUCUGCUGAAAUAAAGUAAACCACAUAGACACCCUCUAAAAGAGAGGCUUUAUGAGCAACCUCAAUCCCUCAUCCCUUCACGUCUGGGGUCUGGUUCCUCAGGUCAGUGGCCUGUUUUGACCCAGCUGAUUUUUCCAUCUGUUAUGCUGUAUGUGUUGUACGUUUUCUAUCUGACUAUUGAUCAGUUAUAAACUAGUAUCCGGUUAAAAUAUAUCAUUAUAAAACUACACGAGACUCGCAGAGACCAUCCCCCACCACGCCAAUGACCUAUGAACGUCUUUUCUCAUAAGUCGGGUCACAUGCUAAUGUUGCAGAUCAAUGUAAAGCCACAAGUCAGACAAUAAAUUAUACAGUUUAUCACAUCAUGUGUUUGAAAAAUCAAUGAUUUGUGCUCCACUAGAGUCCAUCACAUUCCACAAGAGUCCAGAGACCAGCAGGUGUCUCAGCACAACAUGAUCUUCAUCAUCUUCAUUGUUUUUCUUCCAGUUGCUCAGCUCCAGGACCUCCAGGACCAGUGCCCCGGCGGCUCCUGUAACCCCCAGCUUGGUGACCUGAUGGUUGGUCGAGCGGAUCAGUUGUCAGCCUCGUCCACCUGCGGUCUGGAUGGACCACAGGACUACUGCAUCAUUGGAUACCUGGAGGACGUGCAGAAAUGCUUCAAGUGUGACUCACGGCUGCCGUACGAUCGCUAUAGCAACCCCAACAGCCAUCGCAUCGAGAACGUCAUCACGACCUUCGACCCUGAGAGGAAGACAAGGUGGUGGCAGUCUGAGAACGGAGUUCAUCAGGUCAGCCUCAGGUUGGAUCUGGAGACCGUGUUCCAGUUCAGUCACCUGGUCCUCACCUUCAAGAGUUUCCGUCCGACGGCCAUGUUGGUGGAGCGAUCGAAAGAUUUUGGACGAAGUUGGAAAGUUUUUCGUUACUUUGCAGAAGAUUGUUCGCUUCAUUUUCCUGCAGUGUCCAAUCAGGCGGCUGACAGCAUCGAUGACGUCGUCUGUGACAGCAGAUACUCCGGAUCAGAACCGUCCACCGACGGAGAGGUGGUGCUGAAAGCUCUCGAUCCCGUCUUUCAAAUAGUAAACCCAUAUGCACAGAAAAUCCAAGAUCUGAUCACCUUGACGAAUAUCCGUGUGAACUUCACUCGUCUCUUCACGCUGGGCGACACUCUGCUGGGACGAAGACGCAGGAACCCUCAGGACAAAUAUUACUACGCUCUUUACAACAUGGUGGUCCGAGGCAGCUGCUUCUGUAACGGGCACGCCAGCCAGUGUACACCUGUGGACCGUGGACGGGGGGACGUCUUCACCCAAACUGGCAUGGUUCACGGUCGAUGUGUUUGUCAGCACAACACAGCUGGAGAGAACUGUGAGAAAUGUCAAGACUUUCACCACGACACCCCCUGGAGGCCGGGAGGAGUAAACACAGUCAACAUCUGCAGGAGAUGUAACUGUCACGGUCACUCGGACUCGUGUCACUUUGAUACCGCUCACUUUGAAUUGACUGGCGGAGUGAGCGGUGGCGUGUGUGAUGACUGCCGCCAUGACAGGACGGGGCCCCGUUGUGAACGAUGUCGACCUUUUCUGUAUCAGGAUCCACAAAGAGCGACGGAUGACCCGCACGCCUGCAUACCAUGUGACUGCGACCCAGCUGGUUCGCAGGGUGGCGGUCUGUGUGACGCUCUGACCGGUCAAUGUGUCUGUAAAGAAAACGUGGAGGGUCGACGCUGCGAUCGCUGCAAAUAUGGCUUCUUCAGUCUGAGACAGGACGACCCAGCUGGCUGUCAGGUGUGCAGGUGUCAUGUUAUGGGAAGUGUCGGGUCAUGUGAUCAGCUGACAGGAAGUUGUGAAUGUGAUCGUUUGGCGAGUGGACCACUUUGUGAUCGAUGUCUGGCGGGAUUCUGGGGUUUGGGAAACUCUGUGUUCAGAUGUUCACCCUGCGACUGUGAUAUCGGAGGAGCUCACAGCACCACGUGUUCUCCGGAGGACGGACAGUGUUCCUGUUUGCCUAACAUGGUGGGUCGGCGCUGCUCUGACCCCGCCUCUGGGUACUUCCUGGCUCCACUGGACUACUUCCUGUAUGAGGCAGAGCUCGCCGCUCCGCUCCACGGAGGAAGCUCUUCUUCUCCUUCUACUCCUCCUUCAUCAUCUUCUUUGGUGUGUGCAGUAAGAGUAUCAGUGUAUACUGACAAUAUAAUGUGUUUUACAUGUAGUAUCUCUGUGUACUUUCAGCUGAACCCAGAUGUACCGCAGUGUGAGCAGUAUUUCAGAGAGCAGGGUUACAACUUUAAGUUCACUAACGGACGAGUCGUUCUAGUUCGGAGGACUCGGGGACUCGUCCGCCGGAGGAGACAGGGACAGAAUAGCAUCCCUUUGGACCCGGGUCACGCCCUGCAGAUUGUUCCUCGUCAGAGGACAGUUGAUCAGCCAAUCACCUGGACCGGCCUGGGAUUGGUCAGAGUGUUGGAGGGGGAGGGGCUUAGGUUCACAGUGGACAAUCUCCCAUCAUCGUUGGAUUACCAGCUGGUGAUUCGCUACGAGCCAAAGGCUCCAUCUGAUUGGCUGGCUUCAGUCAGCAUCAUCACAGCUUUGCUGGGCGACGGCGGCUGCAGCAGCAACCCAACAGGAAGCAAACCUCUGAUUCUUCCAGGAAACUCCAGAGGAGUUAUUCUGGACUCUCCGGUGUGUCUGAAUGCAGGCGGUCGGUACUUUGUGGAUGUCGUUUUUAACAAACUGCCUGGAUCUGAUGGCUCCUCCGGCUCACAGAUCCUGAUCGACUCGAUGGGUCUGAUUCCACGCAUAGAGUCUAUCAAAGAUUUCUGCUCCCAGAGCGACCUCGACUCUUUCCGCCGCUUUCACUGCAUUGGAUUGGCUUCUGAGCUUGGCCCACAGGAAUCGGUACCAGACAUCUGUGAGGGGCUCAUCAAGAGCAUGUCGGCACGAAUCCACAAUGGAGCCAUUCUUUGCAGGUGUAAUGUCAUCGGCUCUCUUGGACCAUUCUGCAGUAAACUGGGAGGAUUCUGUGAAUGCAAGCCCAAUGUGAUUGGCCGUUGCUGUGACACCUGUGCACCAUUGACGUUUGGCUUUGGACCUGACGGCUGCAAACCAUGUGAGUGUGACCCUCGGGGUUCGAUGUCAGAGCUGUGUGAUCAGAUCAGAGGUCAGUGUGCGUGUCGUUCAGAGGUAACGGGUCGUCGCUGUGAUCGCUGUCAGACGGGAUUCUGGGGUUUCCCAUUCUGUCGACACUGUGAAUGUAAUGGACUGUCAGAGGUGUGUGAUGAAGAGACCGGAGAAUGUUUGAACUGCAGGGAGCACACCACCGGACCAAACUGUGACAGGUGUGUGGAAGGUUACUAUGGUAAUCCCGUCUCCAGACAGCCCUGUCAGUCCUGCCUGUGUCCAGACGUUCAGAGCAGUGGACGAUUCUUCGCCACUUCCUGCCAACAGGACCCACAAUCCCUCAGUGUGACCUGUAAUUGCAGGGAAGGGCACACAGGUCCACGCUGCGACCGAUGCCGCCCCGGUUUCUAUGGUAACCUGGUUUUGCCAGGUGCCAGGUGCGAGAAGUGUCGCUGCAACAACAACAUCAACCCAGACGACCACCACGCCUGCGACAGCCUGACAGGAGAAUGUCUGCAUUGCCUCCACAACACGAUGGGACCCCGCUGCCAAGCCUGCAGACCUGCUUACUAUGGCAAUGCCCUAGACCAGGAUUGCAAAGCUGGACGUGCCCAGAAAAGCUCCUCACCCCGACUCCAAAGCAAAGUCCAGGCACCCUGCAAAGGACACUGAUUAGGGUUCUUUCAGUCACUAGUCAGUAGGGGUGCAAUGGUUCAACAAGCCCACUGUUCGGUUUGUGUUGCAGUUUGUGGGUCAGGGGUUUGGUUUGGUUCGGUUUGUUCAGCACAUUAGGAAGAAUAAAAACAUGACAGUCUGUGUU